AUGCAUUUUCUGGAUUUCACUGGCAAAGUGGUUGUUAUUACCGGUGCCGGUGGUAGCCUUGGACAAGCGUAUGCAUUGGAGUUUGCGAAACGCGGAGCCUCAGUUCUUGGUAAUUUAGUGAAAAUGCUGCGUUUUGCAGUGAACGAUCUGGGAAGCAGUCGUCAAGGAUCGGGUAGCUCAGCUUCACCAGCCGAUCAGAUGUCCUGCGUAAUUUCAGCAAAAAGUGCACUUAUUGGUUUUUCACAUACAUUGGCUAUUGAGGGCAGUAAGUACAAUAUCCAGUCGAAUGUGGUCAUACCAACUGCAUCGUCCCGGCUGACCUCGGAUUUGUUGCCCGAAGAAGAGUUGCAGAGUCUGAAGCCAGAACAUGUCGUGCCACUUGUUGUAUACCUGAGCCAUGAAAGCUGCCAAGAAACAGGCAAAAUUUUUGAAGCUGGCGCUGGUUGGUAUGGACAAAGUAAGCUUUAUCUUGGAUCAUCUCUUAUUUCAGUGAUUGUUUUUUUGUGGGAUAGGUAG